ACCUACAAAUCAAUUAUUGAAAUGGGGAGCAAGAAAAGAGUAAGUUGGCAGAAGCUAUGUAUACAUAUAUUAUAUCCACAUCGUCUACUUCCCCUUGACUUUUACUAGUAUUUAAAUUAAAAGAGAUAUAGCAUUAGUAGCACUCCAAUUAAGCAAAGAUCGACGCUUUCAUCACCUCCAAGAAAGAAUUGAAGAAGUAAAAUUUCAUUUCCAAGUAAUUAAAAAUGUACGAUCCCAUUUUCGCCAAGAGUUUCAGCCGCUACGAUCGCCGACGAUUUGGAUGUUUCGCUCUCAUUCUCUCUCUCAUCAUCGCGCUAAGCAUCUGCUCCACUUUCAACCCUACUUUGCAUCCUUUGACACUCAUUGGUGAUGCUGUCAAUUUGCAGCUAUCGAUCAGUGCUGUGGAAAGCAUGCUCAUAGAUGAUGCCAUUAUCAAUAAUAUUACUGCUCAAACAGAAACUGCUCAGAACAUGCUUGUGAUCAACGAAACUGCAAGUGCAGCCGAUAUCGAGCCACGGAUCAGUCUGCAAAGCAUGAUCGUGAUGAAGGAGUCAGAGACGAAACCAGCUAAAAUUGAUCAAAAGCGGCGGAAUGUGGAUCCGUUGUGCAGAGUUGUAAAACCAGAUGCAGAUUACUGCGAGAUUGAAGGAGACGUCAGAAUCGAUCCAAAUUCGUCGACGGUUUUCCUCGUCAUGCCUCGUUCAACGAUUUCGGAGACAAACGCGACUUCUAAUUGGAUCAUAGAGCCUUAUCCGAGAAGAGGAACCGGAUUUGUGAAGCCAUGGACGGUGAAAUUAGCGGCGGAAGACGACGCCUCCGUCCCCAAAUGCGACCACCUUCAUUCUCUCCCCGCAUUGCUCUUCUCAAUCGGCGGUUUCACCGGAAAUCACUUCCACGAUUUCGCUGAUUUAUUAGUACCACUUUUCGCGACUUCAUUCCGCUUCAAAAGAGACGUGCAUUUCCUCGCCACCGACUACAAGCCGUGGUGGCCGGCCAAGUACCGCCCUCUCCUCCGCCGCCUCACCGGACACGACAUGCUCGACAUCGACCGCCAAAACCAAACGCACUGCUAUACGAAAUUAACCGCCGGCCUCAAAUUUGACAGCGAGCUAGUGGUGGAUUCCGCAUCCGGCGUCAGCAUGCGCCAAUUCCGGCAGCUCCUCCGGCAGACGUACUCCCUGGACAGAGACAAGGCGAGCGGAUCAGGCAGGCCUCGCCUGAUGAUCGUGUCGAGGAAGCGGACGCGAAUUCUGACGAACGAGGAUCGGAUCUCUCGAGCGGCGAGGAAGCUAGGGUUCGAGGUGGUCUCCGCCGAGGGCGACGUAUCGGCGAACCUGACCAAGUUCGCGCAGCUGGUGAACUCGUGCGACGUGAUGAUGGGAGUUCACGGAGCGGGGCUGACGAACAUGGUUUUCCUGCCGGACAAGGCGGUGCUCAUCCAGAUAGUGCCGUUGGGCGCCAUUGAUAUAUUCGCCAAGCUCGAUUUCGGGAAUCCGUCGGCGGGGAUGAAGAUAAGGUAUCUGGAUUACAAGAUUGAGAUGAAGGAGAGCUCUCUCAUCCAACGCUAUCCAAUCGAUCAUCCCGUGCUUAGAGAUCCGAUGUCGAUACACAGGCAGGGAUGGGGUAAGUUAAGAGAUGUCUACUUGAAUAAUCAGAAUGUCACCAUUGAUGUACGGAGAUUUAGAGCUACUUUGGCUAAGGCGCUCAAGCUUUUGCGUCGUUGAUUUUUUGUGUCAGAAUCAUUCUUUCAUCUUCGUUUUGUAAUCAGUUUUCGUAUUUCUUCUUCUUUCAUCUUUCUGAAUAUAAUUUUUUCGGAAUUGUUAUA